AUGGACCGGCUCAGCGUGCUGGACCAACUCUUGCCAGAGCUCAGCGUUCUGCUCAAGCUGCUGGACCAUGAGUACCUGAGUGCCACCACACAGGAAAAGAAGCUGGCUGUCUCCACCAUCCUGCAGAAGCUGCAGCCACCUGCAGGGAAGGAUGUGGACUACAUGUAUGUCAACACAGCGUCCCUGGGCAAUGGCACCAGCUUCGUGGAGUCCCUCUUUGAGGAGUUUGACUGUGACCUGCGGGACCUGCAGGACAUGCAGGAGGAGGAGGGGGACACCAGUGACAGCAUUGGCAUGGAGCUGGCAAGGAACCAGACAGCCAAACCUAUUCCUGUGGAUCCUGCUCCUCCACUGCCCACCACUCCCCCUCCUGAGGAUUACUACGAGGAAGCGCUGCCCCUGGGCCCGGGCAAGGCUCCCGAGUACAUCACCUCCCGCAAUAGCUCCAGCCCCCCCAACUCCAUCGAGGACGGCUAUUACGAGGAUGCAGACAGCAACUACCCUGUCACCAGGAUAAACGGGGAGCAAAAAAAUUCCUACAAUGACUCGGAUGCCAUGAGCAGCUCUUACGAGUCCUAUGAUGAAGAGGAGGAGGAGGCCAAAGGCCAGCAGCUGACACACCAGUGGCCCUCGGAGGAGGCCUCCAUGAACCUGGUGAAGGAUUGCCGGAUCUGCGCGUUCCUCUUGCGCAAGAAGCGCUUUGGGCAGUGGGCCAAGCAGCUCACCAUCAUCCGGGAUGGCAAACUGCUGUGCUACAAAAGCUCCAAGGACCGGCAGCCACACGUGGAGGUGCCCCUGACCACCUGCAACGUCAUUUAUGUCCCCAAGGACGGGCGGCGCAAGAAGCACGAGCUGCGGUUCUCACUGCCGGGGGCCGAGGCGCUGGUGCUGGCAGUGCAGAGCAAGGAGCAGGCUGAGGAGUGGCUCAAGGUGAUAAAGGAAGCCAGCAGUCCAGCAGCAGGCGGGAUGGAAGCCCCCACCUCCCCAGUGAUGCUGUGCAAGAUGGAGCUGGACAAGCGGCUGUCCCAGGAGAAGCACACCUCGGACUCAGACAGUGUGGCCAUGGGUGACACCGGGUCCCCGGCCACCCGCAGAGAGCACGGCGAGCACGGGAAAGGCAAAAAGAGCGGUCUGGCUGACCUGAAGGGCUCGAUGAGCCGGGCAGCAGGGAAGAAAAUCACCAGGAUCAUCAGCUUCUCCAAGAAGAAGCCAUCCCCUGAGGACACCCAGACCUCCUCCACUGAGGAGGACAUCCCCUGCUGCGGCUACCUCAGCGUGCUGGUGAACCAGUGCUGGAAGGAGCGCUGGUGUCGCCUCAAGGGCAACACCCUCUACUUCCACAAGGACCGCACGGACCUGCGCACGCACGUCAACGCCAUCGUCCUGCGGGGCUGCGAGGUGGUCCCCGGGCUGGGCCCCAAACACCCCUUUGCCUUCCGUAUCCUGCGCCACGGGCACGAGGUCACGGCGCUGGAGGCAAGCUGCUCUGAAGAUCUGGGCCGCUGGCUGGGUCUCCUCUUGGUGGAAACAGGCUCCCAGACAGCCCCAGAGGCCUUACACUAUGACUACGUGGAUGUGGAGACCAUUGCCAACAUCGUGACGGCCGUGAGGCACUCCUACCUGUGGGCCAGCUCCUCCCAGGAUCACCGAGCAGACUCCUCUCGGGUGGUGUACGAUGAUGUCCCCUAUGAGAAGGUUCAGGCGGAGGAGGAGCCAGGGCGGCCAGGGGGGGCUCAGGUGAAGCGCCACGCCUCGUCCUGCAGCGAGAAAUCACGGCGGGUGGACCCGCAAGUCAAAGUGAAGAGACAUGCAUCCAGUGCCAACCAGUACAGGUACGGCAAGAACCGGGCCGAGGAGGACGCCAGGCGAUUCCUGACGGAGAAGGAGAAGCUGGAGAAGGAGAAGGCAGCGAUCCGCAGCGAGCUGAUGUUGCUGCGGAAGGAGAAGCGGGAGCUGCGGGAAGCUAUGAAGGGCAGCACGGGGCCGAGGCUGCAGGAGCUGGAGCAGCGGGUGGCGGGGCUGGAGGAGCGGUGCCGGCAGAAGGAGGAGUCUCGGGUCGAUCUGGAGCUCAAGCUGACCGAAGUGAAGGAGCAGCUGAAGCAGUCGCUGGCAGGAGGGCCGGCCUUGGGGCUGGCAGUGACCAGCAAGGCUGAGAAUGGGGAAACUACAAAUAAACCAAACGGGACCCACCCUGAGCACCUGGUCCCUGUGAACUGUGCAGCAGAGCUGAGGAAGAGAAGCCCCUCCAUCAUCCCAGCCAACACGGGGAGCGUGCUGCGGAAAGCCAAGGAAUGGGAAAAGAAGCAGACUUAAGUCAGGCUGCCAAACCCCGAACACACACUGGGGAUCACAGAGGAGCUCCCAGCCCCCUUUCUCCAAGACACUGGGAGGGUGCUGGGAAGGCGUGGUGGGAAGAGACGUUCUCCCAGUCCCCACCACUGCGGCACCACCACCACUAUAAACCCGGGGAAGGGGGCGGGAGGGGAUUUGGGAAGCGGGUGGGGAAGGGAGUUCCUUGUGGAUCAGGAUCACAAACUGCUGGGAAAUCCAGCUCUGGGGGGAGCCUGCCCCGGAGCCAGGAUUCCGACACAAACUCU